UAUAAGCCCAUCAUUGUAAACAAAGGGUUAGCCUAGUCUUCUUCUUCUUCUUCUUCUUCCUUGGAGCCUUAAUUAGUGAAUUGAACAAAAUCAUCAUGCAGUCCUCAACUUCAUUUCUGUUUGUCUUCCUUGUUCUUUACCUGUUAUCGGCAUUUGCCCACCCUGGAGAAGGUGAAGAUUACUUGAAGGUUCACAAGUUGCCGGCAACCUUGCCUUAUGAAGAUGUCCUUUCCUUUGCUUAUUAUUAUCAGAAAUGUCCAGAAGCUGAAGCCAUUAUUAACCAGAAAGUAAAAGAAUGGAUUAACAAAGAUUACACCCUUGCUGCCAGUCUUAUUAGGUUGCACUUUCAUGACUGCUCUGUUAGGGGAUGUGAUGGUUCCAUUCUUUUGAACCAUGAGGGGAGUGAAAGGAAGGCUGGUGUCAGCAAGACAUUGAGAGGGUUCGAAGUGAUUGAUGAUAUCAAAGCAGAGAUUGAGAAGAAGUGCCCUAAAACAGUCUCUUGUGCAGAUAUUCUAGCAGCAGCUGCUAGGGAUGCCACUGUUUCGGCUGGAGGUCCCUAUUGGAUGGUCCCAUAUGGAAGGAAAGAUGGGCUAGUUUCUCUUGCCAAAGAAGCCCAAUUGGUGCCAAUGGGUCACGAAGACAUUACUUCUCUGGUUGAGUUUUACCAAUCCAAGGGUUUGAGUGUGCUGGAUUUGGCCAUUCUUUCAGGGGCACACACCAUUGGAAGGGCCACAUGUGGUUCCAUACAAGACAGGCUCUUUAACUACAGUGGCACUGGCAAACCAGAUCCAUCCCUCGAUGCACAAUAUUUGAACUACUUGAAGAGAAAAUGCAGAUGGUCCUCGGACUAUGUUGACCUUGAUGCUACAACCCCAAAGACUUUUGAUUCUGAAUAUUAUUCUAAUCUUCCAAAGAAGAUGGGACUCUUAUCCACAGAUGAAAAGUUGUACACUGAUCCAAGGACUGCACCUCUUGUUAAUGCAUUGGCUUACCAACCAUCUCUCUUUUUCUACCAGUUUGGGGUGUCCAUGGCAAAGCUUGGGAAUGUGCAAUGCCUCCUUGGGAAUGAAGGCGAAAUCCGAACCAAUUGCAAUUUUGUCAACUCCAAAUACUAAUGUGUUUCUACUAUAUAUGAUGAUUUUCUUGUGUUUCAUGACUUAAUCCUUUUACAUUGUAUUGCUGCUGAUGCUAUAUGAGAUAUUGUCAUUUAAAGAUAUAUAUAUAACUUCAAAGUUCUCAUUUACAAUUAGUAGAAUAAGUAUACGCUUGUCUGUGUUCUAAAUACCAUCCUUUUUGUUGUAAUCUAAAAGUUGACAAAUGUGAUUAUUUGUUUUUGCUAUCUAAAGCUUGAGUAACAAGCUAUUCAUGAGGAAUAAUUAUUCAUUGUAAUAGAAACACACCCAAACAAUUGAAUAGUUAUUCCUAUGUAAUAGUUAUUACAUUCUUGGGCCUA